CCUUCUCUAGGGCUGCUCCAGACCGUGCAGGACACCUUCACUCUCCCUUUGCCUCCCUCUGCCCCUAAGGUUGGGUGGGGACAGGCUGGGGCCACCAGCAGCUCCAUGGACAGAGACGUUGCCUCUGCUCACCUUCCAGCUUUGGAAAGAAAGGAAGAGAGAUCUGUAUUGAUUUGCAUUUGGGGGAUCCUACACCCUCCUAAACUUCUGGGGGCAGAAAAAGUGAUUUGACCUUGGAUUGACUGUAGAAGAAGGGACAGAAAGAGCCCAGAGCAUUCUCCCAGAUGUUCCUGCUGUGACUUCUUCACCAGCUCCAUGAUGGAACCAUUAGAAAGGCCAUCGACUGGCUGGACACACAAGGAAGCAGAAAUUCGAAUUGGUCCCCAACCAGAUCAGAGCAGGGGGUGGAGCCCUGGAGACAGGAGUACAGUACCUGCACCUAUCCCCCCAGCCCUAUCCUUCCUCCUCCUCUUGCCACUGGCCAGUGCCCUACAGCCCACCUCACUGCCUUUUCCAGAACUGAGGUUGGUGGGGGGUCCGAGCCGCUGCCGGGGGCGUCUGGAGGUCCUGCAUGGUGGCUCCUGGGGCAGCGUUUGUGACGAUGACUGGGACGUGGUGGACGCCAAUGUGGUAUGUCGUCAGCUGGGCUGCGGCCUGGCGCUCCCUGUGCCGAGGCCCCUUGCCUUUGGGCAGGGCCGAGGCCCCAUCCUGCUGGACAACGUGGACUGCCGUGGGCAGGAAGCUGCUCUGAGUGAGUGCGGCAGCCGAGGCUGGGGAGUCCACAACUGCUUUCACUACGAGGAUGUGGCUGUCCUGUGUCAUGAGUUCUUGCUCACGCAACCCCCAACAAAGAAAGUGUUAACCAGCAGGGCACCCCCUACAACUACCCAGAAUGGGAGAGGCGAGGGCAGUGUGCGCCUGGUGGGGGGCGCAGGCCCCUGCCAGGGCCGAGUGGAGAUCCUGCACGGCGGCCUGUGGGGCACUGUGUGCGACGAUGACUGGGGGCUGCCAGACGCCACCGUGGUCUGCCGCCAGCUGGGCUGCGGGGAGGCCCUGGCCGCCACCACUAACGCCUUCUUCGGCUAUGGCACGGGACACAUCCUGCUGGACAACGUUAACUGUGAAGGCGGCGAGCCCCGCCUGGCAGCCUGCCUGAGCCUGGGCUGGGGCGUGCACAACUGCGGCCACCAUGUUCUAGGGCCCCCGACGCUUACAGCACUGCCACCCUCAGCCACAAGAGAGGACUGGGCCAGGCACACAGAGCCAGAGGCCACAAGAGUUGGUGCCCUGCCUUCCAGGGAGACAGCCUUGUUCACCACAGCCUCCUGGGUCGCGGGGAAGAAAAGUAAGUGGCAGAGCGGGGAUUCCGGGGCGGGUGGGAAAAGGUGGGGCUGGGGCCCUGCCUGGGAGCUGGUGGCUCCAGCGCAGUUCCUCUGGCCCCGGGCCUGUGUGCCCUGGAGGCGGGAACAUGUUCCCCAAUGUGACAGCCACCUCUUUUUCUUUGUCCUUGAUGAGCCAGGCCCAGAGGAGCUAGGACUGCAAGUCCAGCAGGAUGGUUCUGAGACCACCCGGGUUCCCACUCCUCGGCCCAGGGACGGGCACCUACGUCUGGCCAAUGGAGCCCAUCGAUGCGAGGGGCGUGUAGAGCUCUUCCUAGGACAGCGGUGGGGCACUGUCUGUGAUGAUGCUUGGGACCUGAGGGCAGCCGGUGUCCUGUGCCACCAGCUGGGCUGUGGUCAAGCUCUGGCAGCCCCUGGAGAAGCCCACUUUGGCCCAGGACGAGGCCCUAUCCUCCUGGACAAUGUCAAGUGCCGUGGGGACGAAAGCACCCUUCUGCUCUGCUCUCAUAUCCGCUGGGAUGCCCACAACUGUGACCACAGCGAGGAUGCCAGUGUUCUGUGCCGGCUGUUGUGACCUGCAGACCACCUCUUCUAGGAACCUACUAUGGCCUGCCCCUCUUCCUCCAGGAAGCCUUCCUCCUGUGACAACUGCAGUUCACUCAGCCCUUCCCUCCCCUUGUCUGGGAGAGAGCCUGCCCAAAUGGUGUGGUCGUGCAUAGGACGGCCUGGCUUUAUCCCAUCAACUGUUGUGGACCCAAUUCAACGAGAGCUCCCACUUUCUGCUCAGCCAAAACAGAAAACUGGGGAAAGGGAAUGACUUCUAACUCUCUCUUUGGUAGGGCUCCAGGUACAGCACCCCUAAUCCGACCUUCCUGGAACCCAAUCCAGGUGAUUCAGGAGAAAAUGGGGUCUCUCCCUUCCCCUGACCCAUCUUGGGAUCCCCAAGAAGAGGGAAGACAGGAGAAGCCUGCAGCCCUUACCUUAGCCUGCCUGGGACUGUAGAAGAACCUGGGUCGUUGCCCUGGCUUGUUCCAUGAGGGCCCAGACUCAGAUGGUGCUUGACUGGAUAAGGGGACUGGAGGGGCCAAAGCAGGGACAGUGGCCCCUCCCUGCAGCUAGAACCAGCAUCUGUGAUUUAUGCUGCCCCCACCACAGAGCCUCCACUUUGCAAUAGCAAAGAACUGUGGGGGUCUGUAACCAUCCAUUCAUAGGUGCCAAGUCAAUAAAGCAUUGUCCCCCCUGUCUUUUAACCGA